AUGAUGAAAAGAAAGCGUGAAACAGGCUCCUCUUAUAAAAUUGCUCAAGCCGAUAACAAAAAGCUUGAGGCCGAGUUAUUUGGCGAAAAUAGUUCUUUUGGGAUGAGCAGCAACCCAUCAGCAAUUAAUGAAAAGGACAUUUGUGUGCAUGAUCUUCUCGUAUGUGGUCCUCAAGAUAUUGAUCAAGAAGAACACAACUAUGAUUGGAUAAAUAUCGAAGAGAUUGACAACAAUGAAGACUGCGAAAUUAUCAACGAUGACGUAUCCGAGAUAACGUUGAAAAAUGCACCGGAUUCCCCAAAGGAAGAUGAGCCAAUUGAGGAAGUUAUUAGAAACUGGGCUCUAAAAACAUAUCAGACGCACCAAGCACUCAACAGUUUAUUGGCUAUUUUGUAUGCACGAACCGAAUUUAACCUACCAAAAGAUGCGAGUACACUACUUAGAACAAAGCAGUGUGGAAAGGAAAUAGUACCGAUAGCUGGAGGAGAGUUUUGGUAUCCGGGAGUACGAUCGGUUCUCCACAACUAUUUCCGUGAUGUACAACCAACAGUAAAUGAGUUUUCUUUAAAUUUCUUUAUUGAUGGACUACCGUUGCACAAGAGCACCCGAAAACAGUUUUGGCUAAUACUGAUGAGCAUUCACGAAAUGCCAGAAGUUCCUGUGUUGAUGGUUGGCAAUUUUUAUGGGCAAUCUAAACCGAAGAGUUUAGAUGAAUACCUUCGUCCACUCGUGGAGGAGCUCAAUGAGUUGAUAGAUAAUGGUGCAAAUUUAUCACAACACUACCAGUUGCUCGUUCAGUCUUUAUGUUCGAUGUACCGGUGCUUGUCGAUGGCUCUUGGUUUCCACCAUCAACUAUCUUGCCUGGCGGUCGGAUCUGGCUAG